UUUGGUUCUUCCUCUCCCUCUUCUGGAGAUUUCUGGAUCUCGCGAGAGAUCGCUAGGGGGAGAAGAGAUGGCGGGCGGGCGCGCGCUCCUCCUGCUGCCGCUGCUGCUCUCCGCGCUGCUCGUCCAGAUCCGCGCCUCCGAUCCGCUGUUCUACGAGCCGUUCGACGAGAGCUUCGAGGGGAAGUGGGUCGUCUCCGGGAAGGACGACUACAAAGGUUUAUGGAAACACGAAAAGAGUGAUGGGCAUGAAGACUAUGGCCUACUUGUUAGUGAGAAGGCCAAGAAAUACGCCAUAAUCAAGGAGCUUGAUGAGCCUGUUACUUUGAAGGAUGGGACUGUUGUCCUACAGUUUGAAGUGAGGCUUCAGAAUGGCCUUGAGUGCGGAGGUGCCUAUAUUAAGUACAUCCGCCCUCAGGAUGCUGCAUGGGAUGCCAAGGAGUUUGAUAAUGACACUCCUUACACUAUUAUGUUUGGUCCUGACAAAUGUGGAUCAACUAACAAGGUGCAUUUCAUCCUUAAGCACAAGAACCCCAAGACUGGCAAGUAUGUUGAACAUCACCUCAAGUUCCCACCAUCUGUCCCCUAUGAUAAACUCUCUCAUGUCUACACGGCUAUCUUGAAGCCGGAUAAUGAGGUGAGAAUUUUGGUUGAUGGGGAAGAGAAGAAGAAGGCAAACUUUCUCUCUGCUGAUGAUUUUGAGCCAGCACUUAUCCCAUCGAAGACCAUUCCUGAUCCUGAUGACAAAAAGCCAGAAGACUGGGACGAGAGAGCUAAAAUCCCUGAUCCAGAUGCUGUGAAGCCUGAUGACUGGGAUGAGGAUGCCCCUAUGGAAAUUGAAGACGAAGAGGCCACGAAGCCAGAGGGGUGGCUGGAUGAUGAGCCUGAGGAAAUUGAUGAUCCGGAGGCUAUCAAGCCUGAAGACUGGGAUGAUGAGGAGGAUGGAGAGUGGGAGGCACCAAAGAUUGACAACCCCAAGUGUGAAGAGGCUCCUGGAUGUGGUGAGUGGAAGAGGCCAAUGAAGCAGAAUCCUGCUUACAAGGGCAAGUGGCAUGCACCUCUGAUUGACAACCCCAACUACAAAGGAAUCUGGAAGCCCCAAGAGAUCCCCAACCCUGAGUACUUUGAGCUUGACAAGCCUGACUUCGAUCCAAUUGCUGCUAUUGGGAUUGAGAUCUGGACGAUGCAGGAUGGCAUCUUGUUUGACAACAUUUUGAUCGCUGAUGAUGAGAAAGUUGCCACUUCUAUCCUGGAGAAGACCUGGAAGCCCAAGUAUGAAGUAGAGAAGGAGAAGGAGAAGGCUGAGGAGGCUGCUGCGGCAGGUGCUGAUGGUCUUUCCGAGUUCCAGAAGAAGAUCUUUGACGUCUUGUACAAAAUCGCUGACAUUCCAUUCUUGGAACCUUACAAGACUAAGAUCAUUGAUGUAAUCGAGAAAGGAGAGAAGCAGCCCAACAUCACAAUUGGAAUUGUAGUUUCGAUUGUUGUCGUUUUGGUGACUGUGCUCUUCAAGAUCCUAUUCGGCAGCAAGAAACCAGUGGCUCCUGUGAAGCCCGUGGCCGAGGUCAAAAAACCCAAAACUAACGAGUCUGACGCAGCUGGAAGCAGCGGUGACAAGGAGGAUGAGAAGGAAGAGGAAGAGAAGGAGGAAGCUGCUGCCCCACGACGGAGGUCCCGAAGGGAGACAUAGACACAAGUCUUUGAUUUUGACGUCUUAUCUCGGCCAUUUUGGCGCCUGCUUUCCCCUCUUUUUUUUGGAGAACAUUGGUCUUUUUUUUUAUGUUUGUGAGUGUAUAAUAGGAGAUUCAUGUCACCUAUGCUCCCAACUGGAUUAUUUGGGUAUCCCUGCUUAAAUGGUUAGAACUUCACGAACACUAGAAGUUAGUCAUGUUGGGUUAUUCGUCUGCUGUGCCUGACUAAUCACAUUCUGGAUCGGAUAGUGAUCAUUUUCUCGUAGAUAGUUGAAACAAGAAUCUUUCACAUGUGGUGCUUUAAGUGCAAGUCUAGUUAUUUUUGCUA